UGCGGGAGCGCCGGCAGCAAAGCGGCUCCCGCACUGGGGCCAGCAGGGGAACCCGCGGCCCGCCGAACCCGCUCCGGCCGCGAGAGGCGGGCUCCAGCCACGAUUCGCGCUCUCGCUCAGAGCCCCCGCGCCCAGGUGGGAUGGAAGAAGCCUGUCAGGUGCAAACAACCAAGCGAGGUGAUCCUCAUGAGUUAAGAAACAUAUUCCUCCAGUAUGCCAGUACUGAGGUUGAUGGAGAGCAUUACAUGACCCCAGAAGACUUUGUCCAGCGCUAUCUUGGACUGUAUAAUGAUCCAAAUAGUAAUCCGAAGGUCGUGCAGCUCUUGGCAGGAGUAGCCGAUCAAACCAAGGAUGGAUUGAUCUCCUAUCAAGAAUUCUUGGCAUUUGAAUCUGUUUUGUGUGCUCCAGAUUCUAUGUUCAUAGUGGCUUUCCAGUUGUUUGACAAGAGUGGAAAUGGAGAGGUGACAUUUGAAAAUGUCAAAGAAAUUUUUGGACAGACUAUUAUUCAUCACCAUAUCCCUUUUAACUGGGACUGUGAAUUUAUCCGACUGCAUUUUGGGCAUAAUCGGAAGAAGCAUCUUAACUACACAGAAUUCACACAGUUUCUCCAGGAGCUGCAGCUGGAACAUGCAAGACAAGCCUUUGCACUGAAAGACAAAAGCAAAAGUGGCAUGAUUUCUGGUCUGGAUUUCAGUGACAUCAUGGUUACCAUUCGGUCUCACAUGCUCACUCCCUUUGUGGAGGAGAAUUUAGUUUCAGCAGCUGGAGGCAGCAUCUCACACCAGGUUAGCUUCUCCUACUUCAAUGCAUUUAACUCCUUACUGAAUAACAUGGAGCUUGUUCGUAAGAUAUAUAGCACUUUAGCUGGCACAAGGAAAGAUGUCGAAGUCACAAAGGAGGAGUUUGCCCAGAGUGCCAUACGCUAUGGACAAGUCACUCCACUAGAAAUUGAUAUCCUCUACCAACUUGCAGACUUAUAUAAUGCUACAGGGCGCUUGACUUUGGCAGAUAUUGAGAGAAUAGCUCCGUUGGCUGAGGGAGCCUUGCCUUACAACCUGGCAGAACUUCAGAGACAGCAAUCGCACGGUUUAGGCAGGCCGAUCUGGCUCCAGAUUGCCGAGUCUGCUUACAGAUUCACUCUGGGCUCAGUUGCUGGAGCUGUGGGAGCCACUGCAGUAUAUCCUAUAGAUCUGGUGAAGACCCGCAUGCAAAACCAGCGUGGCACUGGCUCUGUUGUUGGGGAGCUGAUGUACAAAAACAGCUUUGACUGUUUUAAGAAAGUCUUGCGUUAUGAGGGCUUCUUUGGACUCUACCGGGGUCUGAUACCACAGCUUAUAGGGGUUGCUCCAGAAAAGGCCAUUAAACUGACUGUUAAUGAUUUUGUCCGGGACAAAUUUACCAGAAGAGAUGGCUCCAUUCCACUUUUAGCAGAAAUUCUUGCUGGAGGUUGUGCUGGCGGCUCUCAAGUCAUCUUUACUAAUCCAUUGGAGAUAGUAAAGAUUCGCCUGCAGGUAGCUGGAGAAAUCACCACAGGACCCAGGGUCAGUGCUCUGAAUGUACUCCGGGACCUGGGACUUUUUGGUCUGUAUAAGGGUGCCAAAGCGUGUUUCCUCCGAGACAUUCCCUUCUCUGCAAUUUAUUUUCCUGUUUAUGCUCAUUGUAAACUACUUCUGGCUGAUGAAAAUGGACACGUGGGAGGUAUAAAUCUCCUUGCAGCUGGAGCCAUGGCAGGUGUGCCUGCUGCUUCUCUGGUGACCCCUGCUGAUGUCAUCAAGACAAGAUUGCAAGUGGCCGCCCGUGCUGGCCAGACGACAUACAGUGGUGUCAUUGACUGUUUCAGGAAGAUACUCCGGGAAGAGGGGCCCUCAGCAUUUUGGAAGGGGACUGCAGCUCGAGUGUUUCGAUCUUCUCCCCAGUUUGGUGUUACCUUGGUCACCUAUGAACUUCUCCAGCGGUGGUUUUACAUUGAUUUUGGAGGCCUCAAGCCCUCUGGCUCAGAACCAACACCUAAGUCACGCAUCGCAGACCUUCCUCCUGCCAAUCCUGAUCACAUCGGUGGAUACAGACUGGCCACAGCCACUUUUGCUGGCAUUGAAAACAAGUUUGGCCUUUAUCUCCCCAAAUUUAAAGCUCCUAGUGUUGCUGUGGUUCAGUCAAAGGCAGUGGCGGCGGCUGCUCAGUGAUGAGACAACCACUGAGUGUGGCAAAAUGGUUGCCCUGGAGAGAGGGGCCUCGAAGAGCAGCCCUGUAAUGUAUCCAGUCAGCUGCAUGGUGCUGACUGAGCUGAGGAGUCAAACUAUUCUUUCUAUAUGACAUAUACAUAUAUUUGUUUAUAAAGUAAUCAUUUGCCCAGGAAAAAGCGACAACGCAGUUUCAAGCUUUAGUCUUAAGUGUUGAAAUGUUUUCUAAGCCUUGGCAUGAAUUAGUGUUCUAGACUGCUUUGCACAGCUUGCACUUAUAGUGACUGUACAUAUUGUACAUCUUUGUACAGAGACAUCUUGGCACCUCAUCCCAACAAAUCACGUUUAUAGAAUGUAAUGCGGUUCUAAGUGGCUUGAAAUGUACAGAAUGUUUUGAAAGUGUUUUAUUAAGAGUCACACAAAAAUAAAUGUAUUAAAAUUAAAUCCAUUCUCUUAUUGGUGACUUAUAGAAAUAAAGCAUCAAUAUUGGAUGUAUUUAAUUCCCAGCUCGUUUUCCAUUCUGGAAUAAAAAGGUAUUUGCUGAUAAGGAGGCAUAAUGAGGCCAAGUGCUUACACCAUUGAAUAAGAGAUCCUUGGAAGAUGCAUGCUAGUAGAUGCCAGAGGACCAGGCUAAUGACUUGUGUGUGCUGAUGUGUUUCCAUUUGUAUUUAAUAUGUGUAUAGAUUCUCCUCUGUUCAUCAAUCAAAAGGCAUUUCCUAGACAGCUCCUCUCCUGUCAGUGGGCAUACGGAAAUAGGGAUGUCUCCAGCAUUACUGGCUUAGUUUUGCUUUCCUCUGACACAGCAAGGCAAGGGCCUAGCUUUUAAGAUUAAAAGAUACUUUGGCAAUUUUCCUUCAUAUGGACAUGUUUCCAAUCAAAAAUAAAAUGCACACCAAAAUGUA